CCGUGUAUAAAAGCCCCACAAUCCCUCACAUUUGCAGUGACUGUUGCUGCUGCUGCAAUUCCUCGCUGCAACACCACCAUGAAGGUUCUAGCAAUUCUCGCUCUGUUCGGUGCCAUCGUGGCAUGCCAAGCCUAUCGUAAAAAGGGAUACGGAUACGGUGGUUACAGAGGUGGCUAUGGCGGUGGCUAUGGCGGCCUAGGUGGUUACGGUGGCGGUUAUGGCGGUUACGGUGGCAGCUGGGGCGGAUAUGGCGGUUACGGUGGCGGUUAUGGCGGCUACGGCGGCGGUUACGGUGGCGGUUAUGGCGGCUACGGCGGCGGUUACGGUGGCGGCUAUGGCGGUUACGGUGGCGGCUUCGGCAAAUGGGGCGGUUACGGUGGUGGUUAUGGCGGCUACGGUGGCGGCUAUGGUGGAGGCUAUGGCGGCUAUGGUGGCGGCUUUGGUGGCGGCUAUGGUGGCGGCUAUGGUGGCGGCUUCGGUGGCGGCUAUGGCGGUUAUGGUGGUGGCUGGGGCGGAGGCUUCGGUGGCUACAAGAAAUUGGGUUAUGGAGGCUUUGGUGGUUCCGGUGGCGGCUAUGGAGGUUACGGUGGCGGUUAUGGUGGCGGCUAUGGUGGUUAUGGCGGUUAUGGUGGCGGCUAUGGCGGUUACGGUGGCGGUUAUGGUGGCGGCUAUGGCGGUUACGGAGGAGGUUAUGGUGGCGGUUACGGUGGCGGAUGGGGUGGCGGCUACGGUGGUGGCUAUGGCGGUUACGGUGGAGGCUACGGAAAGAAAUACUAAAUACUUGCCCCUCGAUUCAAUUGACACCAACUUUUACUGUUUUACUAUGUUGCAAUAAAAAUUACUAAAUAACUGCAAUUUGUGUCAGUUGGUUCUCUAUCAAUUG